GAAGCGCCACAGAAGUCUCACCUCUCGCUUUCUCUCUCAAAUGGCCGAAGGUUUUCCGUUUUCCGGCAAUGCGGCGUCUUCAGGCGAGUCCUUCCCUGCUCUCCGGGGGACUUUGACGCCCCUCCUACUUUUCCCCUAGUAGAUCAGGCCGCCGUCCUCCUCUCCUCGCCGGAUUCCGGCGACUAAGCCUCCAGGGUUUCGUCAUUCCAGUCUCCCUCCGAACCCUAAGCAUUUCGAGAAUACUACGCUCACCUAUCCAAUGUGUUGGAUUCUUGGCGAGACCCCCGGACGCCAAAUGCUUGCCGUUUCUUGGUUUUCCUCUCUGUUUCCCUGAACAAACUUGGAGUAGAACAGAGCGUAUUAGAGAUGAGGAGUCUUCUAUUCCGAAUCGUUUCUUUCCUCUUCUUCCUUCCUCUGUUAGCUGAAUCAAGGAAUCCGGCGUUAAACGACGACGUCCUCGGCCUGAUCGUCUUUAAGGCCGACCUCCGAGACCCCGACUCCAAGCUCGUCUCUUGGAACGAGGACGACGACUACCCGUGCCACUGGAUCGGCGCGAAGUGCGACCCGAAGACCAACCGCGUCACCGAGCUCUCCUUGGAUGGUUUCUCGCUCUCCGGAAAGAUCGGCCGUGGCCUCCUUCAGCUCCAGUCCCUUCGGACACUGUCUCUCUCCAAGAAUAACUUCUCUGGGAGCCUUAGCUCCGAUCUCCUCCGGCUCGAGAGCCUCAGGAACCUGGAUCUAAGCGAGAACAAGCUCUCCGGACCCAUCCCGGAUGACUUCUUUGGGCAAUGCAGGUCCAUUAGAUCCAUCUCCCUGGCUAAAAAUGCCUUCUUUGGGGGGAUCCCACCUAAUGUCGGUUCUUGCUCGACGCUUGCAGCUCUGAAUCUCUCCUCGAAUCGGCUCUCUGGUUCUUUGCCGACUGGACUCUGGUCUUUGAAUGCUCUCAGGUCGCUCGACCUCUCUGAUAACACUCUGGUUGGCGACAUACCGAUGGGAAUUAGUAAAAUGUACAACCUGAGGUCGAUCAGCUUGCGAGCAAACCGGCUCUCCGGGCAUUUGCCAGAUGACAUUGGAGACUGUUUGCUGUUGAAAUCUCUCGAUCUUGGUUGGAACCUGCUGUCUGGAAGUCUCCCAGAAUCGAUGCAGAAGCUCUCAACAUGUACUUCCUUGAGCUUGAGCUCGAAUUCUUUCAGUGGGGAAGUUCCCACAUGGAUUGGAGAAAUGAAAAGCCUAGAGACUCUGGAUUUGUCACGCAAUGGAUUCUCCGGCCAGCUUCCUGGUUCAUUAGGUGAUUUGCAGCUCCUGAAAGAAUUGAAGCUUUCGUCAAAUGGCUUCAUGGGGAGCUUCCCGGAUUCACUAUCUUCUUGCAAAAGCCUGUUGGUUGUGGAUUUUAAUCGGAACUCGCUUACCGGCAAUCUUCCAUCAUGGUUGUUUGCAUUGGGUUUGCAGCAGAUUCUAAUUUCAGAGAAUAAACUGUAUGGAUCGAUAGAAAUCCCUACGAGCUCUGCUUCAACCCUCCAAGUUCUGGAUCUGUCCAGCAAUACCUUCUCUGGCUCCAUACCAGAAAAUGUUGGCACGUUAAAGUCUUUGGAAUUCCUUGAUCUAAGUGGGAACUGGCUGAAUGGAAGCAUCCCAUUAGAGAUUGGGGGUGCAGUGUCUCUGAAGGAGCUGAGGUUGGAGCAAAACUCCCUCAGUGGAGGAGUUCCAACCCAGAUUGGAAAUUGCUCUUCCCUCUCAACCUUGGAUCUGUCACAGAACAACCUCACAGGUCCAAUUCCCUCAACCUUAGCCAACCCCACCGAGCUCCAAGUCAUCAAUCUCUCUCACAACAGACUCACAGGAACCAUCCCAAAGCAACUUUCUAAUCUCCCUCACCUCCUCUCCUUCAACAUAUCUCACAACCUUCUCUCUGGAGACAUCCCUUCUGGGAGCUUCUUUAACACAAUCCCUCCUUCCUCCCUGUCCGACAACCCUGGCCUUUGUGGCUCCGUUGUCAACCGGUCUUGCCCUGCCGUCCUCCCCAAGCCCAUUGUCCUCAACCCCAACAACUCUUCACCCAACCCCUCAUCAGACUCCACAUUCUCCUCUGCUAACCUUCACCAUAAGAAGAUCAUCCUAAGCAUUUCUUCUCUCAUUGCCAUUGGAGCUGCUGCCAUCAUUGCCCUUGGUGUUAUCACCAUCACCAUCCUAAACUUCCGAGUUCGUGCCUCUGCUUCCCAGUCUGCUCCUGCUUUGGUCCUAUCGGAUGACUGCCUCAGCCAAUCUCCUACCACGGACGCGAACUCAGGCAAGCUCAUCAUGUUUGCUGGAGGUGACCCUGAAUUCAGUGCUGGUGCCCAUGCGCUGCUCAACAAGGACUGCGAGCUGGGUCGUGGAGGCUUUGGUGCAGUCUACAAGACCAUGCUCCGAGAUGACCGGCCUGUGGCCAUCAAGAAGCUCACUGUUUCUAGCUUAGUGAAAUCCCAAGAGGAUUUUGAGAGGGAGGUAAAGAAACUGGGAAAGGUGCAGCACCCCAAUCUUGUGGCACUUGAAGGCUAUUACUGGACUCCAUCCCUCCAACUUCUAAUAUUUGAAUUUGUUUUGGGCGGGAGCUUAUACCAACACCUCCAUGAAAGCUGUGCCACGAACAUACUCUCAUGGCAAGAACGGUUUGAUAUAAUUCUUGGCACUGCAAAGAGUUUGGAACACCUUCAUCGGCUCGACAUAAUUCACUACAAUCUGAAAUCUAGCAACAUUCUGCUCGAUGGCUCUGGCGAGCCCAAGAUAGGAGAUUAUGGUCUGGCAAAGCUGCUACCAGUACUGGACCAUUAUGUUUUAAGUAGCAAGUUACAAAGUGCUCUUGGAUACCUGGCACCAGAAUUUGCAUGCAGGACAGUGAAGAUAACUGAGAAAUGUGAUGUGUAUGCAUUCGGGAUGGUGGUGUUGGAGAUCAUGGCGGGGAAAAGGCCCGUCGAGUACUUGGAGGAUGAUGUGGUGGUGCUGCGUGAUAUAGUGAGGGGUGCAUUGGAGGAAGGGAAGGUGGAGGAGUGUGUGGAUGGGAGGCUCUGUGGGAAGUUCCCCCUAGAGGAGGCCAUUCCAGUGAUCAAGUUGGGUUUGAUUUGUACUUCACAGGUGCCAUCGAAUCGGCCAGAUAUGGGGGAGGUGGUGAACAUGUUGGAGCUUAUCAGAUGCCCUCAGUAUAGCCAAGAAGAAGAAUUGGGUUGACUCCUGGAUUUAAUAUCCUUUCCAUUUUGAGUUCAUUACAUGAUUAGUGGGAGAAGGAUUUGGAUUUCUGGUGAAGUGGAGUCCGGCAUUUUAUUGAACGAGAAUGAAGGACCUGAAGAAAGAAGGAUGUUAGGUCAUAGCAUUGUAGUUCUGGCAAGGCAUUAUUAUCGUGUUUUCAGUUGUUUAGUGUUUGAGGGUGGGGAGAUUAUCCUUUUCUUCUAGGUAAUAGAGAUGUGUGGCUCAUUGUCGGAAUCCAUUUCACCAGGUUCUACAGUUGUGUGAACCUUCUGUAGAAAAACAUAUGCUAAUAUUCCAUAUUACUCAUGUAGUUUUCUUCA